CCAGAAGGAGUGCGCCUCCCCGGACAGCCAAUCAGAGCCCGGCCAUGUGACCCGGGGGCGUGUCCUGGCUGUGUGUCCUCCAGUGCGGUCAGGGAGAGCUGUCACUCAGUGUGGCCCCAGAAUCACACAAUGCUGCACACGGUGUGUCCCCGGUGGGGGCCCCUGAGAGCCGGUAUCGCGGGGUCUCUCCGCCGCCUCUAUCACGGCGAUAAGGUGGGCAGUAUCGGAUCCAGGCCGGACUGUAGCUCCCCAGUCUAUCAGGUAGGCCGGGGUCACACAACCAAUACACACACACUAUCACAGCCAGCUCGGGUAGAACUACAACUCCCAGCAUGCCCUGCCAGCCGACCAGCUAGGAAAGGAACCUGGGAGUUGUAGUUCUGGAAUGAUAUCCAUCCAACAGGCAGUCUCUAUAUAUUCUAUAAUAAUGGCACAAACACCACUGCCCUGGCUGCCAAUACAGUGUCACUGCAUUCCUGUAUGGUGGAUAGAACUGCCCUGGCUGCCAAUACAGCGUCACUGCAUUCCUGCCUGGUGGAUAGAACUGCCCUGGCUGUCAAUACAGCGUCACUGCAUUCCUGCAUGGUGGAUAGAACUGCCCUGGCUGCCAAUACAGCGUCACUGCAUUCCUGCCUGGUGGAUAGAACUGCCCUGGCUGCCAAUACAGUGUCACUGCAUUCCUGCCUGGUGGAUAGAACUGCCCUGGCUGCCAAUACAGUGUCACUGCAUUCCUGCCUGGUGGAUAGAACUGCCCUGGCUGCCAAUACAGUGUCACAGCAUUCCUGCCUGGUGGAUAGAACUGCCCUUGCUGCCAAUACAGUGUCACAGCAUUCCUGCCUGGUGGAUAGAACUGCCCUGGCUGCCAAUACAGUGUCACAGCAUUCCUGCCUGGUGGGUAUAACUGCCCUGGCUGCCAAUACAGUGUCACUGCAUUCCUGCCUGGUGGGUAUAACUGCCCUGGCUGCCAAUACAGUGUCACUGCAUUCCUGCCUGGUGGAUAGAACUGCCCUGGCUGCCAAUACAGUGUCUGCAUUCCUGCUGGUGGAUAGAACUGCCCUGGCUGCCAAUACAGUGUCACUGCAUUUCUGCCUGGUGGAUAGAACUGCCCUGGCUGCCAAUACAGUGUCACUGCAUUCCUGCCUGGUGGAUAGAACUGCCCUGGCUGCCAAUACAGUGGCAUUCCUGCAUGGUGGAUAGAACUGCCCUGGCUGCCAAUACAGUGUCACUGCAUUCCUGCCUGGUGGAUAGAACUGCCCUGGCUGCCAAUACAGCGUCACUGCAUUCCUGCCUGGUGGAUAGAACUGCCCUGGCUGCCAAUACAGCGUCACUGCAUUCCUGCAUGGUGGAUAGAACUGCCCUGGCUGCCAAUACAGCGUCACUGCAUUCCUGCCUGGUGGAUAGAACUGCCCUGGCUGCCAAUACAGUGUCACUGCAUUCCUGCCUGGUGGAUAGAACUGCCCUGGCUGCCAAUACAGUGUCACUGCAUUCCUGCCUGGUGGAUAGAACUGCCCUGGCUGCCAAUACAGUGUCACUGCAUUCCUGCCUGGUGGAUAGAACUGCCCUGGCUGCCAAUACAGUGUCACAGCAUUCCUGCCUGGUGGAUAGAACUGCCCUUGCUGCCAAUACAGUGUCACAGCAUUCCUGCCUGGUGGAUAGAACUGCCCUGGCUGCCAAUACAGUGUCACAGCAUUCCUGCCUGGUGGGUAUAACUGCCCUGGCUGCCAAUACAGUGUCACUGCAUUCCUGCCUGGUGGGUAUAACUGCCCUGGCUGCCAAUACAGUGUCACUGCAUUCCUGCCUGGUGGAUAGAACUGCCCUGGCUGCCAAUACAGUGUCAUUGCAUUCCUGCAUGGUGGAUAGAACUGCCCUGGCUGCCAAUACAGUGUCACUGCAUUUCUGCCUGGUGGGUAUAACUGCCCUGGCUGCCAAUACAGUGUCACUGCAUUCCUGCCUGGUGGAUAGAACUGCCCUGGCUGCCAAUACAGUGUCACAGCAUUCCUGCAUGGUGGAUAAAACUGCCCUGGCUGCCAAUACAAUGUCACUGCAUUCCUGCAUGGUGGAUAGAACUGCCCUGGCUGCCAAUACAAUGUCACUGCAUUCCUGCAUGGUGGAUAGAACUGCACUGGCUGCCAAUACAAUGUCACUGCAUUCCUGCAUGGUGGAUAGAACUGCACUGGCUGCCAAUACAAUGUCACUGCAUUCCUGUAUGGUGUAUAAUAGGAGUGGCUAAUAGAGAGCCUUCUCCCAUGAUGCUUUGCCUUAUUGUGGCAAUAUAACUAGUCAGUUUUGCACAAGUAAAGAGAUAACUAAAAGCUAGUCAUUGGUUGCGCUAUCGUUUACUAUAUAUAAUUAUUAUUUUUUUUAUUUACCUUCUGUGACGGUCACUGCAUUUACAGUAGUUGAGUCUGUGGAAUGCUCUAUAUACAGCUCAAUACACUGCUGAAGGUAUGUCGAAGCGCGCUUUGUAGAGCAUUUCUGUUUAAAUGGCUAAGUGUACUGAAGGCAUCAGAGGGCAGCAAAGUUAACCUCAAUGAGGAAGUGCUGGGAACACUUACCUGAGCUGCUUUGUUCACCUGGGUAAGUGCUGCAAUAGCGUUUUCUGGGAUUAGAGAAGAAGGAACUGUUCCUGCCAGGGAAGUAACAAUUUCUCUCAAAGGAGCUGAGUAUGUAGAAACCCCUGGGGUGCUACCUAACACCAAUUUUGUUGUGUGUUCCAAAGCCCCAAGCCACUGCCCCAUUAAAAAAUAAAUGCUACGUACCCCUCUCACUGUAAUAAUAGGGAGGGGGGCCCAAAUAAAUCUAAAACCUAUAAAUCAAAUAAGUAAUUCUUGCCUUCAUAUAUAUAUAUAUUUUAAUUUUUUUCUAUUUUUCUUAAACUAUAGGCACUCAGACCACUUCAGCUCAUUGAAGUGGUCUGGGUGCAGUGCCCCUUUUGCACUUAGUGCUGCAAUGUUAAACAUUGCAGUUCUAGAGAAACUGGAGGCACUUCCUGGAUCCUAAUGGACCCUUGGUCCGUUAUCUGACAAUGGGCGUCCUCACGUUUAUCACGAGGACAUCCAGCAUCCGUUUUUUUGUUGUUUUUUUUCGUAUGAAAGCCUCGAUACAAUGCUUUCUAAUGGGGAGGUCUAAUGAAUGUGUGUGUGCGCUGCGUUUGAUGCACAGUUGUGUUCGCUGAAUGUCGGAGGGGGCGGACAUCGACGCUGGGAUAAGGUAAGUAAAUAAAGGGUUUUUAACCCUUAAUUCACCUGGGCAAGGGAGAGGGGGGUGGGAGGGUGAGGCAAAGGGAUCUAUAGUGCCAGAAAUACAGCUUUGUAUUCCUGGCAUUAUAGUAUCCCUUUAAAUCUUAUUUUCUUCAGCUCACAGAUUACUAAACCAAAGCUACUAUUAAAAAAGAUUUAAAAAAUGUGACACUUAAAAAAAAUAAAUAAAAAGUUUCAUCUUCACUCUAUGGGGGUUCCACACAGACUGAGCUUUCAGGGUGGGAAAAACCUUUAUAAAGAAUUCCCGACAUUUUGAAAGGCAGUAGAACGCUCUUGUAAGCUAACCAGUCAGAACGUUCUGACACGCCGUGAGAAUAUUCCCAUGCCAGUCUCAGGAAAGAUGUCUGACUUGUUUUGACUGAAACAUACACAGAGGUGAAAUUCAUACUAACUCAAAUGCCACAUGGACAAUUUACUAUAUACCCUUACUGGUUUGGUAUGCAUCAUCUAAUAACCGUGUAACUAAUUUGCCUUAAAGUGCGUAGUGUAUAGUGCGGUGAUUGUUUAUCUUAAUUUUUUAAAGAUUUUUUUUCAAUGAAUUAUACUGGAUUACUCAUCACAUUGUGUAAAGGUUGUAAAACCAACAAAAAAACUAACAAACCUAUAUCUAUUCAAAUGUAGGCUGCAUGCUUUAAACACUGGUAUUGUAGGGCAGAAUUAGUAUAAAACUGGAGAUGCUUUGAAUAGCAAAUUAUGCAGUUUCACAUUUUGAGAAUGCAUUACUGUGGCCCCCUUCCAACUCCUCAAGACACACCAGUCCAGGAUUAAGCCAUCUCCAAAUUUUUUUUAUUUUUUUUUUCUACUGACAAAACUUGGACACCCUGGGCACCAUAACAUCUUCAUCAGAAGGAAAUUGUUAUGGUGUGAGGAGGUCCCUUGUGCUGGCUUACCAGCAGCUGUUCAAAUGUUAAAUAAUGGUUUACCCACAAAGUCCUCAGUCUGGCACCUGAUCUCUCUCCCCUAUCACUUCCGCUCCAGUCUGGCAGCCUCAGACUAGGCAGCUGGUAAGUUUCAACCAGUCUGAUGCUUCCUUAUUGACUGGGACAGCAAUGAAGGGGCAGAACAAUCGGGCUCCGGAUUAUAGACAUGAAUGUUAACACCAAAUCUCAGAAAUAAAUAUAAAAAUACCAACUUCUUCAAUGAAAUCAAUAUCAUUUACUAAUUAAGGCAUUCAAAAUUGACAAAUGUUCCACUAGGCACCAACACUGUGUGUCUUUUGUAUAGCAGCUACAAAUCUACGUGUUUGGUAUAAAAGUUGUACCUUGUCAAAUCAAAUAACGCUUUUGUGAGAAUGGCAGCGUGGAAGUCUGCGCCUACAGUACCUACAGUAGAUUUACAAUGACCAGAUUCUGUUGAGAUGUUCUCUGAUGUUCAACAAAGAGGUGAAUAAAUGCUAUUGAUUUUAUUGAAGAAGCUGGUACUGUCAUAUUUAUUUCUGAGAUUUGAAGUCACCAUAAUUGUUUGCCUUUUAUGUGAUGUUCCAAAGGAAGGAUUGACGACCACAUUACUUCACCAAAAUGUGUGUUUCCUUGACAAUCAUUUCAAACACCUUGCCCAGCACAGCUCCAUUUAGUUUAUAUGCCACAACUAGUGUGAGAUUUUAAUGUAAACCAUUUAUCCCCUUCAGGGAAGACGGAGCCCCGGUACCUUCUCCCACCAUAGCAACUUAACGCUGAUUAAGUUAUGGUGCCGGUUUUUUUUUUUUUUUCAAGGAAAGGUUUGGCAAUAAAACUUUCAUCAGGCCAGUUACAUUGAAUUUGUUUUUUUAAAAUUCUAUUCUGAGCACCUGGGAGUUAGUAAGAGAAAUAAUAAUUAAAACAGUGAGAUAUAAUGCGUUCACAGGUCACUAUAACAUUGUAAGGUUUAUUUUAUUUACAUAAUUGUGCAAUAAUAAAGUAAAUGUUUCCUGUAGGAAAGUUAUGAGAACAUGAAAGCUCUAGUAACAGACCUCAAGGAGAAAGCUGAAACAAUACGUAUGGGUGAGUAUGGAAAUUAAAAUGUCAUUUAUUGUGGAUAGUAGUGUGUUUGAUACAUCAGGUGAAAAGUCUCAUUCUUGCCUUGUCACGUGCAGAAAAUGCUACAGUGUGAUACCCGCUUAUUACUGGCCAAUGGAAUCUGUGACAUUUGCUCACUGACUCCUUGUAGGUGUAACUUCACUAAAAAACUGAAUUGCCAGUUGGAGGAAUUUCAAAGUUUAGGCUAAGACCAUGAUUAGAAUUACAAUCCGCCCAUUUUAUUUUUUCUGUCUCAAACAAUCCAUGAUUAAAUUUGAAAUUCACAAAUUUAAAUUUAAACUUGAAAUAGUUAAACUGGAAAAAUUCUCCCAAGUCAGCCAUUUGGCUACUUUUGGCCUCAAAUUUAAAAUAUAUUUGGAAUUCCUUACUAUUUUCAAUUUAGUGAACAGCCAUGUUUGAAUUCACUUUUGAGUUUCCUGAAAUUUUCUGCUUGCUCCUUCCCCCUAAGAAAGCAUUUCCUCAAUGCUUACCUGUGCAGUUUUCCUUUACGCUGGAUGUCCUCAUGUGUGAGGAAGUCCAGAGUCGUGCCAUGGAGUCAAACUCUAGGAAGUGCCUCUUGUUCCUGUCUGGUAGACAGCCACUAGAGGCAAUCUUGGUACUGCAAUGUAAACAUUGGAGUUUCUAUAAAACGUCAAUAUUUUUACAAUGCAGAACUAAGUAGGACAGGGACAGUGCACCCAGACCACUUCAAUGUACUGACGUGAUCUGGGUGCCUAUAGUGUCCCUGAAGCCACCCAUGUUUGUCCUAUAUGGGUGGUUUACUCUGCUUACUUGUAAUCUAAAAAAGUGCAUCAUUCAAUCCACACUGCAGACAGUCAGGGAAACCGUAACUACAUCACCAAAUGUCUGUCUGGAGGUCUUCAUUUAAUGCAAGCUGCUUUGCUUAUAAUAUUCUAAAAAUAUGAUAUAAAAUAAAUAGCUGCUUUAUUUAAUCCACAACCGCGCUGCAGAUUGGCAGGUAAACAGUGGCAUCCUUGCUGUGGCUCUUUUCUUUCUAAUGUAUACUGCUUUGCCUUGCAGUAGUUCAGAACACUGACAGGCAGUGUUAACUUUGGUGGCAAAUUUCAGUUUAGUUUGUCAUAGUCUUUUGACUAAAAAGCCAUUUUAGAUUUAGUUGUAUUUUAGUCAUCUGAAUUGUUUUAGUCGACUAAAUCUCCAGUAGAUUUUAGUCGACACAACUAAAUUCUAAUGGGUUUAGUUAAAACCCCUGUCUCUUUUGCGCCUUCCCCAGCCCCUCUUUGUCUUUUUGAUUCCCCCCAGUUCCCCAUGUGUCUUAUUUCCUAUCCUCCCUCCCCCAUGUGUCUUACCUGCCAGUUUUGGAAGCAAUUUUCAGUUUAGUUUUAGUCAGUCUUUUGACUAAAAAGCCGUUUUAGUCGUAUUUUAGUCAUCUGAAUUAUUUAUUUAUUUUUUACUAAAGUCAGAAUUAAAUGUGAAAAUCGAAUUCAAGGCCAAAAUAGCCAAUCUCGUAAAAUUCUCUGCCAUCUAUGCUCUGUUUGGCAAACUCUGGCUUUAAAUUUGAAAUUAGCUUUGGUAAAUAAAACCGGUCAGUUGUUGAGCUGUGUCCACACACAGAAUUAUUUAGUAAAGCGAGAUGACUUCAUAGUGAAUUUCAAAUUUAAAGUGAAAAUUGUCAAACUGAAAAAAAACAAACCCCUAUAAAUCCGCUUUGCUUUCAGUUCAACUACUCUGGCCUUAAAUUUCAAAUUCACUUUGAAUUCUCACUAUAGUAAAUAGCCUUGACCGUUUUGAGGGCAAGGACCGUCUUAUGGGGCUGAAUUUUGCAAAAAAUCAAAAAACUAUCGAAUGAUUUACAGUUAUAUUGGUGCCCAGGAUAUCGCUUUAAUAUCGGUCGUAAAUAUUUUGUAUUUGUUGCAUUUACAGGUGGUGGGGGAAAAGCCAGAACACUUCAUGAGUCUCGGGGGAAACUUUUACCAAGGGAAAGAAUUGACAGACUCUUAGAUCCCGGGUAGGAAUUACUGGAGAUGUUUUGCUCAAAUCCGCCUUUAUUAUUUUUUUGAUAAAGAAUAACUCAGUGAGCGCGAGAAACCUUUACUGAUUGCAGGUCAGAUAAGAUAACCAAUAACUAAUAAACUGAAGUUCCAAUUUAACUAUAUUAUUAAAUCUGUAUAUGUGCCUGUCUUGGGUAUUUGGCUAUUUCUCAGUAUAUUUGCUAAUUUCCAUAGUGUUAAACUGCAAUUCUUAGACCAUGGAUGGCCUGUAUGGAAAUAAGAUCUCAAACGCAAAGCUUUGUUUUGGGGUUUUUUAUGUUGUGUUUUUUUUUUUUUGUUUGUUUUUUUUAGAUCUGCUUUCCUGGAAUUUUCACAACUGGCCGGUUACCAGUUAUAUGGUAACGAGGACGUGCCAGCGGGAGGCAUUAUCACUGGAAUAGGACGCAUAUCAGGGUAAGGAAAUAUAAGAGAUUUCUCUGAAAUUAGUUAUGGUUUCUUGUUAUCCUUUUAUAGGAGGUUUGGUGCGAUUAUAAUGUGUUCGCCUACAAUAAAGCCGUUGAUUGGUUUUGCCUCUGUAGUUUCCUAGUGCACAGUUUAAAAAAUAAAUAAUAAAAAUUUUUUUUUUUACAAAGCUAGGUACAGUAAGCCUGACUUUAUAGCCACACAUCGCUAUUUUAAAACACUUACUCCUUAACCAAAUACACACACACGUUAGUGAGCUGAGCUGCAAGAAGAUACCCAGGCGGGCAUGUGAUAAUAUUUCUACCUGUCUGCCAGAUCCCUUUCCUUAUGUUGUUUUUGCACAUGUUUACUAACUGCUUCCAUCGCCAGGUGUCUUGUGCAGGAGGGAUUUAUAUUGAUUAAUGGGAUUUAACUGUCAUUUCACAGCCAUUGACACAAAUCACAAGCUGAAAUUUCAAUUAUCCUAGGGCAUCACCCGUCUGCCUGAAUACCCUUCCGGUAUCCUGGCCAGUGCAUGCAGAUGGCAUUACCUAUUAUUUCUAAUAAACAUUGCUCUGUUUUUUUAAUAUCUUGCUAAGAUAGCAUGUUAUCUACAUUCCAAUAUCCAUUAUCCGUAGAUGCAUCGUGUUUCUUUUCAUAGUGUGUCUUUAUUUCUAACAGGAUAGAAUGUAUAAUUGUCGCCAACGAUGCUACUGUGAAAGGUGGUACUUAUUUCCCUAUCACUGUGAAGAAGCAUCUUCGAGCACAAGAAAUUGCUAUGCAGAAUCACCUACCUUGUGUUUACUUAGGUGAGAUGCGGCAUGUGAUUGAAUGUCGGUAUAGCCAAUACCACGUACUGUUGCACAAGGAUUUGGGCCAUGCAUUAUGCAAUACUGGGACAUGUGCUAUGAGAGCUGCAGUAUGCAGAGUGUAUUCUUCUAUAUAAAUAAUAUUUAAAUUCCUAUCUAUAAUGAACACAGUUGCAAUUAUAGACUCUGAUUUACCAAUGCUUUCUUUCUCACAAUGCACAUGUAGAGAUUCUUAAUUAUUUAUGCAAUAGGGCAGUUGGGCAUUAGCCACAGCCAGAUUUCCCAUUAUGCAGAGUAGGCAACUGCCUACAAUUACAUGCCUGAUGUGGGUAACCUACUCUGCCUGUUAAAAGUACCUCACCACCUCCUCCUGACUUGUCUGCUCUUUGCUAAAUGGAACAGAAGCUGCUGGAGCCUGGCAUCGCUAUGAUCUGUGCAUGACCUGCCCCCUCAGAUUAAACACUGCAAUCUGUGCAUGGCUCUGCCCCCUCAGGUUAAACACUAUCUGUGCAUGGCCUGCCCUCUUAGACUGAACAUGGACUGUGCCCUCUUAGAUUGAACACUGUGAGCUGUGCAUGGCCCCCCUCGGACUGAACGCAGUGGUCUCCUGGAGGGAGAGGAUUGGGGCCAGAAUGGCCAAUUUAGAAGUCACACACAAACUGUAUACAUACCCAUGGCUACACGUACUUCUACCCUCAUGAACUACAGCACACUACAUACACUUCUACCACCCACAGCACAUUUGCUGCUACACACAUACACACAUACACACUAUCACGCAUGCUUCUACCUACACUUCUCUGUAUGUAUACACAUACUACUACACACAUAACUGCACAUGCAGCUACACAAACCUGUACUCUUCUACAGAAAUGUAUACAUAUUCACUCAGACAUAACCACAGUGUUACACGUGUGUGUGUGUGUACACACAAACAAAUGUUAUCAUAUUUCAGCUGUCAAGAUUUUUUUCUUUCUUUGUAGUAUGGGUUGGGAGAGGGGGACACAGGAUGGGGACGCUUGCGAGUUCUGUAAAUACAGAUGCUCGUGUUCCGCCGCAGCAUUAGCAGGUGCUAACCGUGUAAUUCGAACAGUGUUACUAAAUCAUGAAUUGUCUGGAAUUUACCAGGGAAUUGCAAGUAAAAGGCCAAAAUGACUGAGCUAGGAAUAUAGAAGUUUGUUAGAUUAUAAUUGUAUUAUUUUUUCUCUGAGUUGGCUAUUGUACCUACAACUUUCCCGCAUGAGUUCCCCACAGUAUACGGUUUAAUUAAUAACUGUUUUGUAAACCGAAUCUCACUGCAUAUUUAGGGGAUUUUUUUCCCCCCAACUUUUGUGAAAUACACCAGGUAUAUAAAAUGAAUAAUGAAUUAUUAGCCUUUGCUUAUUAUACUCAAUCUGAUUUCUUAUUCAGUGUUGCUCUAUUGGCUGGGUGGUAUGUCCUGUAAUCUAUUGACUAUUGAAAGGCUGUUUUUUUUGUUUUUUUGUUUUUGGACAGUGGAUUCAGGAGGAGCAAAUCUACCACGUCAGGCUGAUGUGUUUCCAGACAGAGACCAUUUUGGUCGUAUUUUUUACAACCAAGCCAGGAUGUCUUCAAAGGGAAUUUCUCAGGUAUUAUUGAUAUAUAUAAAGAUUUCCUAUACCCCACACAUAUACCCACAGACGGUUGUAAACCUGAAUUUCUUGCCCAAAACAGCAGAUAUAAGAAAGAUAAUCCAAAGCCAGCAAUAUUUGAUCAGUGUUGAUGCAUUUCUUUAGUUAUAAUGUCGAUCUAUUGUAUUCUUAAGUAUUAUGGAAUUGUGGUAUCAAGUAUUAACUGUAACACUUACCCUGGUAGUACGUUUUCUUUAAAUAGUAAAUCUGUUCAGAGGCCAACUGGUACAAUGACCAUAAAGUUGAAUCUGAAUCACUGGAAAACUGCAUAUCAGACAGUAUGCUAGCAGCGGUUGGUUGGGACUGUCCUCAAUCCCUUACAGAGACCAACACGUUUUAGUGGUCCUCCAAAUGACAACAAACAGAAGAUACACUGCCCACCAUGGAGACUCAGCCAAGAUAUAGGCAACUUGUAAACAAGUUAGUAAGCAGGUUUCUCUGUUUAUGGUGAACAGUAUAGUUUUGGUUGGAUUUGUUUCAAUUUUCUAUCUCACAUAUUCUCCCGUCUCUUUUAUUGCAUUUGAUCGAACUGCAGAUUGCGGUGGUCAUGGGAUCUUGUACGGCUGGUGGAGCGUAUGUACCAGCUUUGGCGGAUGAAAGCAUCAUUGUAAAGAAGCAAGGAACCAUUUUCCUAGGAGGGCCUCCACUGGUAAGUAAAACAACACAAUGUUCAACAUUGAACAUUCAAAUCUGCGAUGGAUUGUAAGAGGCCACAAAUAAAAUGUGCUUACGCUGUUCUGUGAGUGGCUACAGAUUAACAAGUGGUGUGAUAUUGUAUUUUUUUUUUUUCAACAAAGUCAGAAAAGUAUACUAGACCCAAUAUAAAACAACCUAUCUUAGAAAUGUUGAAAUGCCUCCUUGCGCUGUUUAAUUUACACCAUUCACUAUUCUAAUUGAUAGAUAUAGAUUUUUUUUCAAUUAUUUUUUUUUCCCCUUGAUCAUAUAAAGUAGCAAAAAUACCGUCUUCACCUUCUUUGAGAAUGACCGUAAAGCACAUUUAAUUUAAAUAUCCUAGUAUACUUUUCUGACUUUGUUUGAAGUGAUAGGUAGAGAUGUCGCGAACCGUUCGCGGCGCGCUCCGGUCAGCUGACACAUCCCGGCCAAUCUCCAGAAGACCCUCCCUCCCAGACCCUCUCACCUCCUGGACAGUAUCAAUGUUGAAGGCAGCUUCAACAUGGAUGCUGUCCAGGAGGUGGGAGGUUCUGGGAGGGAGGGUCUGCUGGAGAUUGGCCGGGAUGUGUCAGCUGACCGGAGCGUGCCGCGAACAUGGAUGCUGUCCAGGAGGUGGGAGGGUCUGGGAGGGAGGGUCUGCUGGAGAUUGGCCGGGAUGUGUCAGCUGAUCGGAGCUCGCCACGAACGGUUCGUGGCGAGCCGUUCGCGGGAAGUUCGCGACAUCUCUAGUGAUAGGUGGUAUGCCUGUGAAUGCUGCUUCCUAAAAUUGCUAUCACAAUAUAAAACGAAAUGUGGGCCUACUGGAAGUAUUUAUAUUUUAGAGGUCAUUGAAUGCUGCCAUUGAAAUCUGUGCAAAGAAUCCAUGCGGUGCGUUCAGAGCACCCCUUCAAUAGUUUUAAUGUUACCAUGGCGUUUUACCUACAAAUGUAAUGUGUAUGCUUCAUGUAUAGAAAUCAAAAUCAGAUCCUUACAUAGAUGGGAAAGGAAUAAUAGGAAUAAUAAAGUACACCAAUAAUUUCUACUUUGUUUUUCUGUUGAAUUAAAAAGAAAAUCUUUUCUCAAACAUGAUUGUUUUGUCUUUGAGCAAAACUAACAAUUCUUGAGAAAGAUGUUGAUACAUAUUCUUGGUGGUUUCUGCUUUCACGAACUGUCUACCAUAACCACCCUAAUAACCACCCUAAUGAGCAAGUAUUCCGCACAGAAAAUCUAAAAAAAAAAAAAAAAUCGAUAGCUGUCUGUUAGGUGAUAAAUAUGUCAGAAACACAUUGAUUUCAUUUUAUUUCUUCCUGGAUUUGUUUUCAAGUGUUAAGUCGAAUUCUGUGUUCUGUUGUCUCUUAUGUAUUUUACAUAUGACAGGGCUCGGGGGUAUUUACAGGUCAAUAGGUCCGUGUGGACAUCGAUUUGUGCAUUGAGUUCAAUUAAAUGUGUGGAAAGGAGAUUAUUGAUAGGGAGCUAAUGGCCUCCCCAAGGAAUCUGUCCCCCCUUUAACUCACUGAGAUUACAGAGAGGUAAUAUCAAUUGGAAUAGGGGUGAAUAGUGUAAAUUAAACAUUGCGCAAGGAGGCAUUUCAGCAUUUGUAAGAUAGGUCAUUUUAUAUCAAGUUUUCUGUGAAAUCGCCCUUUCUAUAUUCUUGAUUUAUAUUUGCUGCUUAUGAUAAAAAGUUUGUUCUCUCAAGAGCAAUUCUUACAAUGUGGACUGCAGGCUUGUGUCCCGACCUCGGUCCGCAACAGAACUUUUUUUUUUUCUUUACCAACAUUGUUAUUUUAUCUCCUGUUUUCCAAACAUUUUUUAAUCAGAACUUGCACGUGGUGGGAAAAUGGUGCUGGCAUAAACUGUUUGAAUAAAAAUAAAGCAAACUAAAGGGAAUCUGUGUAGAAAACAUGGACAUCCUGAUUCUCCAUUAGCAAGCUCUUUUUUGUAUUGAUCGUAUGAUUCUGUGCAGUGUUAUUGUCUGUCUGUACCAAGGGCGACAGUGUUCAUUGUUGUUGGAGGAAUAUGAAUAAUAUAACCUUUAUUCCAUUAUUUACAUAUACCAGAUACACAACAGAAUUCUGCAGCCACAAAUCUACUACUACUCCCAAGUACCAUAAUAACCUAUAUCUUGGUUUUUUUCCCCCUUAACUCAGACCUAUAGCUUUGCCACUGAUGUCUAAUAAACUGAGGGAAAAUGGUACAUAUCCUUUCUUCUCAAUAUAUUUAAACCAACCAGACUCAAUCAUGUGCCCUAUAUUGCAGACGAUCUUCAUUUCAGUAGUAUUUCACUAUUCUAUUUACUUAUUGCAAUUGCUAAAUGGCUUUACAACAAAAUAUUUUGCUCAAAACUCAUCUUUGAGGUCGCAUUAUGCUUUUUUUUUUUUUUAAGGUUCAAGGUAGACAAAGACUUGGGGUUAGUGACUGUGUAGUAGAAUUCUUAUUAUUGUAGACAGUAAUUUUACAAAGAGUCUAAUGAUUGCUUAAUUGAAGGCAGAUCUCUUCCUCAAAAUAGGUGUUUGAGGUCCAUGUUCCUGAAUAUAUUUAUGUAUUGCAGGUGAAGGCAGCUACAGGAGAAGAGGUCUCCGCUGAAGAAUUAGGUGGCGCAGAUCUACACUGCAGGUGAGUCACAUUCAAACUGAACUGUCCCCUCCAGUGGUGGCAGCUACACAGUUGCAUUUCCUCUGAUGCUUGGCCAUCCUUCAUGGGACAUGUAGUUCUGAAAUAUCUGGGCCGUAGUUUCCACUUCAGUCCCCGGGGAACACAUAACAAUCUAAGAUUGCUGUUUAUCUGCAUUUAGUAGAUGCCCAAUUUUGACCUCAUUUUCAUAAUUAUAGAUACAUUUAUACAAUAAUUUAAUAUAAUGAAAAAGAGUCCAAUAUUUUUAUAUUUUAAAGGAACACUAAAGCAUUAGAAAUAUAAAGCUGUAUACCUAAUGUUUUUGGGUUCCCCCCCCCCCCACGUGUGAAUACAAAUUAUUAAAGGUUUUUACUCCCCUUUUUCCAGAGGCGAGGUUUCCUCUGUGCUACUUACCUCUCCUUCCACAAUAUCAUCGAAGAGGCAUGGCAUCGUCACCUCCGGCAUGGUCCAAUUCAAGGGUCCUCAUAGAGGAGCAUUGGGGACUGAUACACAUAGGAAAACAUUGAAUGAAUGCUUUACUGACCGUCACUAGAGGUGGCUUUAACCCUGCAAUAUAAACAAUAGUUUCAAAAAACAAAAACACAGUGUUUUACAUUGCAGGGUAAAAAGGACAGGGCCACUGCACCCAGACCACUUCAUUGAGACAAAGUCGCUUGUGCAACUUUUGUGGUCCUUUUAAUCUUCUGAAAACCUUAAUUAUCCAAAAAUAUUAAAUAAUCCAAAAAUAUCAAAUCGAGACCUUUGGUUUCAACCAUCUGUCGGGUUCCUAUUCAAAGUAAUGCAAUCAUUCGUCCCAUGAAGACUCAUUCCAAAUCUCUCUGCUUGUGAAAGAGUUGACGUCACUGAUAAAUGACAUUACCCAUUAUAUGGAGAGCUAACUCUUUAGCAAGUCUAAUGUAACCACAUCAUGAAAGCCCAUAUUUCAUCUUCCUCUCCAGUGUACAUAACCAUCUAGGGCGUCUUCCUAUUUUGAGCCCCACGUUAUUAUAUUAUCCGUGUAACCAGUGCAGAUCUCAGUAAAUGCUAUAGAAGAUGUGCAUAUUGCUGCUAUUAAAAUCACAUUUUCUGUCUCUUGACGUUUACAGGGACAGAUCGUUUUGCUUUUUUGUGCAUUUACAGACACCGUUCUAGCCUACUUUAGUAAUAAAGGCAUAUAUUGUCUCUUCAAACUUGAGAUGUGGAAAUCCCUUCCUUCAUCGAUUUAUAUAGAGAAUUACCUGCAUGAAAUCCGAUUAUAUUAAUAAGAAAUAAAGUACUUUCGUCAUGAGAUUUUUGUUCUAUUUUUUUUUUCUUUUUUUAAAUUAAGUGAUAGUGGAUAUGCAUGGAUAUUCUUUUCAUGGCCAUUAUACUUACCAAGGUUCAAUCUAUUAUUCCAUUUUACUUACAGUUAGACCACUUUGUCACAGGUCAUGUUUCUCUGCAACUAUUGUUUAGUAUAUGUUAAUGACUUGUUAAAUGAAUAUAUUCAGAAAAUGAUCAGAGUUUACUCAACAAAGAGCGGAUACUACCAAAUAUGUCAGAUCUGAUUGUUUGACAUUGCAGUUUUAUGGCUCUACUGUCUAUGUAUGCAAUGUAGGCUGUGAAAUGUCAGGAAAAACUAAAAGAUGUGUUUGUCUGUCUUGUAUCCCUUUUGUAUUCUAUCAGGAAAUCUGGCGUGACUGAUCAUUAUGCCCUAGAUGACCAUCAUGCCCUUCAUUUGGCACGAAAAGUAGUGAGAGAUUUAAAUUACAAGAAGAAAUUAGAUGUAAGUUUUUCAGAAUGCUUGUUAAUAUUGCAUCUUGCAAAUUGUAUCAAAUUUUUUUUUUAAUUUACAGACUUGAAGCUGCGUAGUUUACCAACAUUUGCACUGGUGAUCAACAAAGCUCUCAUUUGGCUAAUUAAAGAAAGACCCUUAAAUGUCUGCAGCAAUGUAAUUUUAAUGUAAUUAUGUAUAAUAUGUAAUGUAUCUGUACCUAUCAAUCUAUGUAGAGAUUAAACUUUUUUUAUUUAUUUUUUAAACUUAAUUUGCAUCAUGAGUGCCUUGCCAGUUUUAAAGGGCCAGUCUAAACAUCAAAACGGCUUUAGUUUAAUGAAGGUUUUUUUGUACAGAUCAUACCUUUGCAGUCUCACUGCUUAAUCCUCUGCCAUUUAGGAGUUAAAUCACUUUGUUUAUGCAGCCCUAGUCACAACUCCUUGCAUUAAACCUACAGUCUCCAUGCACAAUUACUGUAAAGAUAUCUAAUGUUUAAACUAAUGUUCCUUUAUUGCACAUUCUGUUUAAUUUAGAAUUUUUUUAUCCAAUGCUCUGUUAAUAGAUUACAGGAGACUCCUCUGUGUAAAUAACACUUACUUUACAGAGUAGAAGUUAAGAAUUUUAAAGUAAACACACUGUGCUCUAAGUUCUGAUUUGAGAAUAAAACCAUGUCUGUUUCCAUGUUGGCUGAGUAAAUUUGGUGUUUAGAAUAUCCGUUUGAAUAUAUCAUAACUUCAUAUAGUUAUCAACUAAACCAAUCUGUAAAGAAAAGGAAAAAAUAGAGCAUUGUGACAAACGCCCCUUCCCACAUUCGUUUGCCACGGAUUCCUGGAGGAGUGUGGAAGCCGGCCUUCUGCCCACCGACUAUGGUCCAGGUCUGGGACACUGUUUAGAAGUUACCCUGCCCAGUCACCAUUAGCAGCUUUCCCUGAGUGCCCCUGGUUCAGCACUUUCCCUUCAUGCGAAUGGAACCGAACGCUAGCUCCCUGGCGGCCGUUCGCAUGAACCAAACUCACAAAUAGUCCUCAGCGGUGCUUAAUUAUGACAGCUAUGGAACUAAAUUCGGCAUGAGGACUUUGUUGGUUCCGGUCACCUCAGCAGGACUUAGCCGCAAAUGUAAUGGAAAUGUUUUCUGCAUGAGGUGAUCGUGCGGUUCCCGGUCAACUUGGUUUGUGGUUUUGAACCACUGUGAAAUCUGCCAGGAGAGCGCUUUUUGGAGGGAAGGUGCCUGAGACUAAGGGGAACAAACGCUACCUAAGAGCCCGGCGAAGCACCCCGUAUUGCGGCCGCAGAACCUCCUGAAAGUUGACUGACAAAAGCACUAAACGUCCUGGAACUAUUCUGGGACUACGUGUGCAGCCGGUCAGAACUUUAACACGGUGGCGUUUCCCCUACACUGCAUGGAUCUGAGCGCUAUUCGGAAAACUUGGGCGCUCAGAUCAGGGCUAUUUGGGGAUGUAUUAUUUGUUAUUAAAUAUUUUUAUGAUGAUUUGGGGUAUUUUUAUGUUUUUAUAUUUUUGUGUUUGGCUCUCUGUUCCUGGGAGAGAAUAAGCUUACCGGUCUUUAACAUAAUUAUCUCCCAGGCCCAGAGAUUCCUGGGAGGGGCUUGUGCUGAAUACAAUGGAGACCCCUGCUGGGGUCUGUGCAUAAAAGGCCACGUUUGGCUCCUUAAAAUCAGUUGUACCCCAGAACUAUGUGUCGUGUAAUUACUGGGAGGGGAAGGGCUAUAAUUACUGGUUCAGCACCUGGUUCCAGCUCGUGGAGGAUUCGGCGGGGAAAGUCCUCGUAAGGACUAGAGCUCCCAGGACUGUGUUUCGUCCAGUCCCUGGGAGGGAAUAGAGCUUGUCCCCUGUCCUGUUCCAGGAUGGAGAGGCUCCAGGAGAGGACCCCAGUCAAACCACUGCAACUGGGGCAGAAGCGCUGAGGUUUUCCUCUGUUCCAGCUAGAAAGCGGUCCUUGACGGAGGUACCCAGCCGGGGUACCGGGAGCUCCGCUACAAGUACAACAUACAGAAAAGGAAGAUGGGGUAAGGGUUGGGGUAAGAAUGGCAUGGAGUAAUUUAUCCAGGGUACCUGAGGCACAGUCCCUUCAUCGAAGGGUUUACGGUGCAGGCUGCAGAGAGAACAUGCUAUACUAAUGUUGAGGUGAGCAGUGUAAAUUGUCAACAUUCGUGACCUCUCCAAUCAGUCCCUUAAACUCCACCAGGGAGGGCAGGAUAGGUUGUUUUAGCUCCCAAAACACUCUAGCAGAUGGUUUGUACUCAGUACUUUUAUUUGUGUUUAAUAGGUAACUAUAGAGAAACCAGAAGAACCGCUUUUUCCUGCUGAUGAAUUAUAUGGAAUAGUUGGUACCAAUUUAAAAAAGAACUUUGAUGUCCGAGAGGUAAGUGUCUGGAUAUUUGUAUUCCCCUACAAUGCUUACGUGUUGGUGUGUGAUGUGAGGUACAUACAUAUACUUUCACCUUACAUUAAAACCAGAACUAUUAGAAUACUAUAGGAGUUCAUUCUUCACCAAUAUUUCACAUAGUCAAAUUUUCAGGCAAAAGUAGUAAAACUGGAUACAUUCGCUAAAUCUUUGCUAUUUCAGUUUAGUUGUUUUUGUCCUUCCCAUUUGACUUGGUGCUUUCAAAACGUGUGAAGCAGAAGGUUUUUUGUUUUUUCUGGGAGGUGUGGGGGGGGGGGGGGUUGAUACAGACAUUAAAAGGAUACUCUAGGCACAAAUGCAACUUUAUUGCAUUUGAUAGGUUUUGACUCCAAUAAUAUUAUGUUUUUAUGCAUGCUCAUAUCUUUAUAGAUUUUGCACAAUUAAAAAUAUUUUGCAAAAUGCUGCUCCUUAAGUUUCUCCUUAGCCACACCACUCAUGCCAAAAAGACUUCUUUAAAAAUGUGACCAAAAAACAAACAAGAGUCCUGCACAUCCAGUAUAGGUGUGCACACCCAGGUGCUACCACAAUUUAUUUGAGGACAAAGUUGAAGCAGCAGCCCUUUCUCAAUGCUAAUUUCGGAUCUGAACAAUCAUAAACACAACAUUGCUUCCUCAAUAUAAAUGGCUCAAAACUGUGCUGUUAGCGAACACUGGAGGAAGAAAUGAAUAGGGUAGAACACUGGUGUGAUUGAUUAUAUAUGCCUAUUUUUGACAAUUAAUGAAAAGACGGUCUACACUCUAGUCCAGGCAUAGGCAACCUUCAGCACUCCAGAUGUUUUGGACUACACCUCCUAUGAUGCGUUGUCAGCAUUAUGGGGGAUGUAGUCCACAACAUCUGGAGUGCCAAAGGUUGUCUACCUCUGCUCCAGUGCAUCUAUGUUAAACUGAAAAACAAGUUAAUGGAAAGGUAUGCAGCCCAGAGUGCACCAGACCUCUAUAAAAUAUUGGGUAUAGUAUGAGUCAGAUUAGGAAAUCUAUGGUGGUAGUGAGCAUUUAAAUUAAGUGCCCCUUGUUAAUGUCUUACUAUAUGAGUGCAGGAGAGGUGUAUUUUUAUUUUUAUCUAUUUAUCUUGCAUACUAAUUCUCUUUUAGGUCAUUGCACGAAUUGUGGAUGGUAGCAAAUUUGAUGAGUUUAAGGCAUUGUAUGGCGAUACGUUGGUAACAGGUACAGUAAAAAGAAACCUUUUAGCUUUCAGUUCUGGUCUAUCAAAGAAGUAUAAAAAUAAAGUAAAAAGAACUAACUUACAGUUGUAAUCAGAAUUAUUCAACAGCCAUUAAAAAAACAGGUUUAUUAAUGAACAAAAUCAAAAAGCAAUUGAAAUAGCUCAACACAACGAAUGCUUCAAGUGGUUUCCCCUAAUUGAACUGCAAAAAGGGAAGACGUAACCAAUUACAAAAAUUACCUAUAACUUGGAAUAUUUGUUUUCCCAUGUAAUGCUUUUUCAUUUUUUUAAAUUUAUAUUAGAUACGAUUUUACAAUUUGCAUUAUAAUCCAGUUCAGAGAAUGCAACGGCAAGGCAAACAUUUCCGAUGAAGAGAAGAAAUAGAAACAUUGUGGUUUUUUUGGUUGUUUUUUUUUUAAUACUUUAUUUUGAGUUGUGCAUAAGGUUAAAUUACAGGCUUUUGCUGCCGCGACGGCAAUAACAAGUUACUUCAUCAAACAUGGUACAUUGGUAGCAUGGCCGUAGACAGUAAUGCACAUUUUUGUAUGGUUAUGACUCGCUAUCAUGUUAUGGUGCGUUACACUCAAUUAAUGUACUGCGUUGCAUGAUAUUCCUAGGCCGUGUGCAUUCAGUAACAUAAGGACAGGAAAAAACAGGCUAGUCGAACGAAUUAUUGCUGCGUACUAUGCUAUGGUUUCACAGGAAUGUAUAUAUCAGCGUUUGAAUAACAUGUUCGGCAGAUUCUAGGUUUAACAUUAGUGUAUGAGUAGGUGCAGCCAGUCCAGCGUUCCCAGCGCAUGCUGGGCAAAGUAAAAUGGUAACAUUUAUAUAUGAAAAAACAUGAACUUGAGAACAUGGCAUGUUCAUUUGUGUUCAGAAUAGAUAAUUUCCCUGGAGUUAACUAAAAUUGCAUCAAAUUCUCACAUAGUAGAUGCUGUUAGCAGGAUAACAUUACAAGAGUAUAGAGGACCUCAGUAACAAGCUCCCUAGCACUGCAUCACACUUCCUAUUCUAAAUUAUAAACUUUAAACAUUAAACAUUCCGCGGCUGUGUGGAUGAUGUGGUCAGCGGUGACAUCAACCUGGGUUAAGUAGAGUUAGUCCUCGUGGGAAGUGGGCUAUGGGCCCCUGGUAUAGUUAGUCAGCCAAUGCCCUGGUUUGGAGGUGUCAGGGAAUCGAGUAGUGUUGCAAAAUCAGGAUGUGUCAAUGCCCCUUUGCUGCCCCAGACAUGAGUGAGGAUCUGUGUCGGAAUGCCUCGGGUUCGGCUGCAUGGGAGAUCCGCUGCCCUCUCUAACAAGGGAAUAUAGAGGCUUCUUGUGGUCUGCCGCCUUGGACGGAAACGGGUCUUUUGUCGCUGUGGUCUGUGUGAUGGGAUACUGUGCCGGGUGGCCCUGGGUUUAUGUGAGUGUUUAGCAGGGGAUACAGGCAUCGUAGCGGUUACCUGAGAUGGCUCCAGCAUACCUCGCUUUACUCCCGACCCUUCACCUUCUUGGGGUAACUUUGGAGCUAACAUUCUGGCCACUAGCUCCGGAUGCACCGUCAGCCCCGGUAUCAGGGAAUUGCGUCCCUGCAGGCAGAAAUUGUUUUGGCUUGAUAGUAAGCCGUUAAAAUAGCUGUAAGACGCAGGAGCUCUAGCGGCAUGCGUCUGUUCUGCUCGGUGGUCAAGCUCCGCCCCACAUUGUUUCAUUUUUAUGCUUCUCUGUAAGCCUUCUCAAAUGCUUACUGCUAGAUGCAGAGGACAGAGCUUAUAACAAUAAUUGAUAGGGCCUCAAGAUGGAGGCACCCAAUGUCAGGAUAAAGAGGCGUUUAAUUUCUAUGUUUUAUUUUUCACAUCUAAUAAUUACAUAUAUCUUAAAUGUAAGCAUGAUCUAAAAAAUCCUGGGAAGUGUUUGCUCCCCUUUAAAUACUCUUGCUAGUGCGGCUAUAUUUUAGUUAGCAUUACAUGUUUGAUGCAUUUUAUAUUAUAUCCUUAUUGAUCGCAGAUUUUGUCUGUUUAUUUAUUUAUUUUUUAAGGAUUUUCACGAAUAUUUGGAUAUCCAGUUGGAAUCAUUGGAAACAACGGUGUUCUUUUCUCCGAAUCAGCCAAAAAGGUAAAUAUGGGCGAACAUCACAAUCCGUUGUUUCUUGAGACAUUUUCUAUCUGCUGGCGAUCCAUCAUUUAAGCUUUUGGAUUUCAGUGAGGCCUGGCUCAUCAUUCAAAGCCAGGUUUUAAGACUUUAAUUUAGCGUGUCUGUGUCGUAUUGAGCUAGUUCUUAAUGAAGAAAUCAUUCUCUCCUAAUUACAGUUUUUUUUUUUUUUUUCUCCCCAGUUUUUAAUCUGUUAGAUUAGUCCGUGUUAAUGAAAAUGUCCAGUGAGCUUUUUGUUGUUGGCCACAGCUUCAGGUACCUUACAAUGAAGGCACCAGUUUAUAGCUUAAAUUUUGGAGUAAACAGGCUCUUUCAUUAAAUCAUAGAGGACAGGGGUUUUUACUAAAAUGGAACUUUCAUUUUUUUAGUUUUUCAUAAAGAUAGAAUCUUCUUAGAAACUUAGUCUUAUGGAUCUUGACAUUUUUUGUGGAAACUUCUCUGUGACUUGGUUUUCUGUGAAUUUACCAGGUUCUAAAAAAAAAAAACAGGCCAACAAGGAUGGCUGCAAUAAGUGGCUGAGAUAAGUAAAUCUGCCUUCCCCAUCACCAAUUGUACUUUAUGCAGUGUAGGUACAUAUGGUUACCAUUUAGCAAGGCUAAAAGAAGGAUUUUUUUUGUUUUAUUUCUUACAAAGGGCCAUCUUUGCCUUCUGAUUCGUUUUUUGAUUUGAGUUUGUGAGAAUUUUUACCUCAAAGUAUUAUCUAACAUGAGAAUAGGAUGAACUCUGGGAGAAAAUGCAAUGCUGAAUUCAUUGAGAACUUCACACUGGGUACUAGAGGGCAAAAUCAUACACCGUGGACUUCUCUCUGCCAAGGGAAUAAGACCUUUGAUUAGGCUAUAGGUCCUGCAUAUAUGUUGUUGUUGUUGUUUUUUUUUUUUUAAAUGCUUUUUUAUUGAGAGUGUCAGACUGAUAGAAAUGCAAGAUGUACAUUGAAUAUCAGUGUACAUUGAAUAUCAGUGAGUAAUUUCUUAUACAUACAGAGAUAUGUCAGUGAGAAAUUUGUUAUACAUACAGAUAAGCAAUCAUGAACAGCAGAGUAUGUAAACAGACAUUCUCUUUUCUGUUGAAUCAUAACAAAACUAAACCUAAUCAUGUCUGCCAGUACCCAGUACCCAGUCCAUCCCAAGUCGCCCACACAGCCCAACUAAGAAAACCUCCAUUUUAAUGGUUAAACAGUCUAAACAUUUUACUUUUCAGUUCAAAGUCGGAUUUGAACUGUGCUGUAGAAUUACAUAAACUUACACAGAAGUUAAAACCGUGAUAACAAGGUUGUUCGUAUCAUAUUGUUGAUUAGAUAGCCGAGCGAAAUGUGGAAAUAAUAUAGUGAAAUCACCACAAAAAAACCAAAUAGUGAUGCCAAGACUGGGGCUGACCAGUGUUGAAGAAAUAAAGUUCUAAAACUAAGCUGUGAGCCAAGGAUAACGAGUCCCCAAUGGAGUUCUUCUGAUAGUUAUUGUUAGAUUUGAAAACUGCAAGAUGGAAAUAGAGCUAUUCUUGGAAACAGAACCGUUCAUAACUCCGUGGCUGCACUAGAGAAUUCUAUUGUUGGGCAGCGAAGUGAAGGCCUUUCUGGCAGCAAACAGCCAUACAAAUAUAGUGCAACAACUGUGUUUGGAUUUUCUUUAAGUUCUACAUAUUGCUGUGGCAAAUGACAUAAUUUGGAACGGAGAGCCAGAGUUUCCAGAUUGGCAUUAAGCACCAAAACUGAGCCGAGCCACAACAAACUGUGACCUACAACUCUUCUGCAACUGAAAAAAGCUCAGUUAGCUGGCUGCAGGCGUUUCUAAAUCAUUAAAGGUGUCCUUGUUCACACUAAAAUUCAAAAUCCAAACCAAUCCCCAAAUACCCUUUGCUAAUAGCUAGCUGUGUCCAUUCUCUCCUUUCCCCGCUCUCAAACACAUUUUUAUACAAGUCAGGAAUGUCAAACAUUGUAAAUGAAACCAGAGACAUGUCCAAUUGUCAGGAGGAAUGAAGCAGAUCUACAGCUACAGAGCCAACUUGGCCACAUUACAAAAGUACAAAUUUCUGUUUUCUUUUCUAUCAUCAAACUUUGUACUAGGACAUAUCCAUUCUAUCAUGAAACUUUGUACUAGGGCUCUUGCUUCCAUUAUUCCGAACCAGUCUUGGCGAUAUCAUAUACGGUGACGGCAAAUGCUUCCUAUACCUGGUUUUACCCAAAAUUGCUAGAUCACUUUAAAUUCUCUCUCUGGAUUUAUAGAGAUAUUGAUAUAAAUAGAUAUAGAUUAUCCUUAACCAAACUUUUUUUACUAUUUUAAAUGGAUUGGCUUUACUCCCUAACCAACAAGGAAAUUUUAGUCAAAAAAUUCUUCCUCACAUGGAAAUGGUAUAUUCAUAAUCUAGAUUCCUCCUAUCACUGUCAAACAAGGGCAACAUUUUAGUACACAGCUUGGAUCUUGGCCGAGGUGGUGGGUCAGGACCCUUUGUAUGUACUAUCCAAUGCUGGUCACCCAUAGCAUUGCUUGUUGUUUCUUGAGGGUGGUGAGCGGGUAUGUAAAGUGGACAGGGGAUUGUAUGUCGUUAUCAACUUCGAAAGAGUUCUGCUUUAUAUACAGUAUCAGGGUGAUCAUACGUUGGUUUUGGAGUAUAGAUUUUGCUCUUUUUUUGGAGUAUUUGAAUUUUUUAUUUUUAAUAUAUAUAAAAAAAGUGAUAUGAAUGGUCAAUGUUUUCUCUCAUUUUUUUUUAUGUUGCAGUAAUUUGCUUUUGGUUGCUGGAAAGAUUUCCCCCCCCCCUCCCCUCCCUCCUCCGAUUGCCAUGGCACAAGUCUCAAGGGCUUUGAGACAAGUCGCAUUGCAAUCUGUCAAAGUGAAUUCUCUGAUUAUACGUAGCAUGUGACAAGGCAACAUACCAAAUACACUACUGUCAAGCACAAUCUCAUCCACUCAUUGCUAUACUUUGCACAGCAUCUCUAAUGAACAGCUGCACCCAGCUGAAGGUCUAAUAGGUUUUAUUUAUUUUUUGUGCAUGCUUUUUUUCAUUUGCUUUUUUUCUUUUUGCUGCUGCUUUUUAAUUUAUUUUUUUAAUUAAAUUCCUCUGCCUCUUGCAUUCUCUUUUGAGCACCUGAAAAAAUAAAUAUGAAUAGCGGCAGAUAUGAUCUGAAUUUACCCUUUUUAACUGGCAUUUCAGGUUAGGGUUCGUCCAUUUUUCAUUUAUUUUUUUCUUUUAUAUUUUUAUUGCAGCAAUGUGUUAUCAUACAAUAAACAAAACGCAUAUACUGUCACUUUGGUAAGUGCGACCUAUAGGUUAAUGAGUGUAGAUCCAACAUAUGACUCCUGAAGUGUAAAUAGGUGUCUAUGAAGGCAGGCUAGCGGUAAAACAAUGUUUUUUUUUUUUUUUAUUGAAUCACACUAAAUCAGAUAAACUAUAACCAAUAAGCUGCAAUACCACUGGGUACUAUAAGUAUAGAAAAUAAAAAGGUCCCUGCACUGCUUUGUAAAUGCAUAGACUUACCAGUUUGUUAGGCCAGAUCCACUUACAACCUGGCGCCCAAGCCUUGAUGGAAACCGGUGCCUUAUGUCCAUUGAUCCUCCUUCCAUCCUGCAGAAACACCCAUCACUCUCAGGCCUCACUUCACAAUCAACUCAGUGAAGACUGCAUUUACCAUCCUGCAGAAACACCCAUCACUCUCAGGCCUCACUUCACAAUCAACUCAGUGAAGACUGCAUUUACCAUCCUGCAGAAACACCCAUCACUCUCAGGCCUCACUUCACAAUCAACUCAGUGAAGACUGCAUUUACCAUCCUGCAGAAACACCCAUCACUCUCAGGCCUCACUUCACAAUCAACUCAGUGAAGACUGCAUUUUUUUUUUCUCCCCCUCCUCCCACCCACCCAGGCUCCCCUUAAAUAUAUAGCAUGCUCCUCCAGCAGUUUGAGAUUCUCACCCAAUUACCUCUUCAUUCCCCUAACAUCUUAACAAUAGCUGCUUCUCUGUUAACUCUUUCAGCCAUCACCUCCAAACUUCCCCUGCUACCUCUUGUCUCAAAUCCCCCUGGUAUCCUUUAGAUUGUAAGCUCACGGGCCAUCUAGCUAAGCACUUUGUAUAAAAGAGCUCCAAUGGCUCGGUAUCCGCUUACGGGCAGGGCUCUCUUACCUCUUGUAUUUGUUUGUGUAUAUUGUACGUUUCUCAACUAAUUGUACAGCGCUGCGGAAUCUGUGUGCGCUUUAUAAAUAGCAAUAAUAAUAAAUGGCAGGAUCGCAAGCUCCAGGACACAGAGACCCUCUUGGUUGUAUGGCGGCAGAAUAGAUACAGCUCCAAAUGUGCACCCAGCCUAGAGAAGGGGCAGUGAGUUGGAGUGGCCUCUUGAGUCAACGGUGGAUGAGUAAGGGUGCGAGAUCAGCAAUGAGUACAUUGCUAGAAUUCCUGGCAAUGCUUUUCAAACUUGGCCUCAAAACAUUCUUUCCAAUUCUGGCUCUCUAGGCAUGUGUUGCGGCCUCACCACGCGUUCUUCAAAUCAAGUCCCCCAACUACAGAAAUGUACGUUUUCCCAGCAAGGACUGGGAUAAUCCCCACCGGUUAUGGGGCUUCAGGAGGUACACUGCAUGCUGUGCGGCCCUAGAUAGGUGAUCGUCCACCUCUCUUGACCAGCGGGUCCACCGCCUCACAAGGCUUCUUCAGUGCUAGGCUGACAGGCUACUGUUCACUUGGAGCUGAUUUUAGCAAGAUUUUAUGUAGUUUAAGCAGAUUUUUAGCUUUAAUAUGCAGGAACUGCAAGACUUCAUGUCGGGCCAUCUUGGGAGUUAGGCCCUGCCUCGUGUCCGUUUUUUUUUUCUUUUCUGCAUUAUAAAGUAAUUGCAUUAAAAAUGAAUGCUUAAACAUUGUCACCUUUAUAUAGUAGAAUGCUAAGAUCUGAAUCAAAACUCUUAAACUAGAGUGAUGGCAUCGUAGUAUUUUUGCUGCAUGCUGCCAGUUUUUAAUCUCCCUCCCUACUUUUUUUUUUCUGUUUUCUAGGCAGCCCAUUUCAUUCAGCUGUGUUGUCAAAGGAAUAUACCCCUCCUCUUCUUACAAAACAUUACCGGUAGGUUUUCCUUCAGAGAAUGUUUAAUACAAAUGGAUGUAAAAUGCUAGGGGGAAAAACCCACAGAGUAAUUUGAAAAAGUCCUAUUCAUGGAGAUGGGUUUGAAACACUAUAUCUGCACAAAUGAUUGGAGGAAGAAAUGUAACCCCUUCCUGACCAAACACUGAAACUUUCCGUCAAGCUUGUGCUUGCUUUAAGGACCCUUAACUCAAAUUUUCCGUCAUUUACUAACGUUAACGCUAGAUCACGGCGAUAAUGGGGUUAACGCUGUUGCUGGGUGCCUCUGUGUCAUAGGCAGACCAACAAACGCCAAUAGCGAUUUCCCAGCACAUGUGAUCGAUGUGACAGCCAGUCACAGCAAUUACAGUGCCGCUGGGAUUUCCGAUCCUCCCUCCGUGUGUGUGUGUGUGUGUGUGUGUGUGUGUGUGUGUGUGUGUGUGUGUAGAAGUGGAGAGAGAUGGAUCGGUGCUGCAACAUUGUGUGCCAUUUUUGGUUUAACUGUAGCUGUGUUAUAAAAGUAAUUUUAUGACUUAAAAUAGUUUUAACCCUUCUUUGCCCUUUUGAUCCUUAACUGUAUUUAACUGUGAUCUAAUUAUUAUUAUUUUUUUACCCUCAAGGGUUAAUUUAGAUUAUUUUUUUUAACCCUUUGGGGUUAAUUUUAUUUUAUUAAUUUUUACGUUGAUUCUUUAGUUAGCUGAAGUCGGUGGACUUUGGUGGGAAAUAGUGAAAUUAAGUGUUAGGCUAGUAAGGGAGUAAAAGUUUGGAAAAGUUUUUUUAAAAGUAUGUUUUUUUUUUUUUUUUUAGUUGUUACAAAAACAAAGUUAAAGUUACAGCUUCACAAUGUGUAGAAGGUACACUGCUGAGGAGGCCUAUCAUAUUUUAGCGGCCAACUCUGACGCCACAGACACUGCCUCUGAGAGUGGUGAUGACUCUUUGCCAGAUACUGCAGGGCCGUCUGUUGUAAGCGCCGAGUCCCCUGACAUGGCGCUGGUGACUGCGAACCCCCGAAUGAUUUUACUCCUGACAUCCCAGAGUUUACUGGUAGUCCUGGCAUUCGGUUGGACUUGGCUCACAACAAUGCACUGGAUUUCAUGCAGCUAUACUUGGGAGGGGGGGGAUGAUAUUUUAGAAGAGAGAGUCACCCAGACCAUCAUUUAUGCUGAGCAUUAUCUGACAAUGAUCAGAGUCUCAUUGCCAGGAAAGGGAGUUGGUACCUCAUCAGUGUGCCAGAAUUAAAAAAAAUUCUGAGCACUGACUAAGCUAAUGGGCAAUAUUAAAAAGCCCAUCAUGAUGUACUGGUCCAAAAAUGCAGCACCCCUAUUUACUCCCAGACCAUGAAUAGGUCCAGAUACGAAGUAAUACUUCGAUUUUUACACUUCAGCCACAAUUCAAAGUGCCCCCCAAGAGGUAAUCCUCUAUAAGAUUCGCCCCCGAAUUUCUCACUUCAACAGGCAAUUUGGCUUAAUUUACACCCCACAAAAAAAUAUUUGUAUAGAUGAGUCUUUGAUGAAAUACAAGGGCAGACUGGGGUUUAAGUAAUAUAUCCCGGCCAAAAGAUCCCGGUAUGGGAUAAAGUUUAUAUAAACUUUGCGAAAGUGCAGUGGCUAUGGUUACACCUUUCCGUGUUUACGAAGGUAAAGAACAGCCACUUGGAUCCCCCAGGCUGCCCGGAUAUCAUUGGGACUAGUGGGAAAAUUGUAUGGGAUCUAAUUAUCCCAUUGCUAAACAAGGGGUAUCAUGUGUAUAUAUAGAUAGCUACUACAACAGCAUCACUCUUCUUAGGAUGCUUUAUUGCUUUAAAACUGUGGCCUGCAGCACUAUCCGAAAAACACGUGCCGGUUUCACAAAAGCCCGGCCACAAAAAAGCUCAAGAGGGGGGAAACAGCUGCUGUCUGCCAGGACGAACUGCUGGCUCUCAAAUUUAAAGAUAAAAAGGAGGUGUUCAUGCGAACACCCAUGCAUACUGAGCACACUCAAAGAGUCGCAGUUCGUGGCAGACAAGAAACUAGAUGGGUGCCAGUCUGCAUUAGGCAGUACAACAAGCAUAUGGGGGGAUUUGACCUGCCCGACCAACUGCUGCAGCCAUAUUUAAUACUGAGGAAGACCAGGGCAUGGUACAAAAAGCUUGGCAUUUACCUAAUGCAAAUGGCAACACACAAUGCCUUUAUUCUAUACAAAAAGGCAAAUGCUGACAUUAAAUACUCCAAAGCAAGGAAUGCACACCAUAUGAUACAAUAGUAUCUAUCUAUAUAUAUAUAUUUAUUACAAUACAAAUACAAGCCAUACAUACAAAAUGUAACAUUAUAACAGUGACCAAAUAGGCUAACAAACUCAACAAAUAUUUACCACAUUCCACAAGCCUAUAAGGGCAGAAAUACGAGUCACAAACAAUCCCCCAACGUUUCGGCUCCUCCUGGUAACAGGAGCAUGCCAAUAGAUAAUAUGGCGACCGCUUACACUUGCAUUGUGCAUGCGCGUGACAUUUUUACUAGUAAGGAGAUUUAUGGAUAUUUGAAUUACACAAUGAAAUGACACUUUUGCAUAUAUGAUAAAAUUUGUUUGGUAAUAACAUUAGGAGUGUAUAGUACAUAUGUUAAAUAUUAUGUUUAGCACAUAGGACUGUGAUCUGAAGUGAUGAUGUCACUUCCGGUCUCGGCUCUCUGCGUUAUUACUGAUGGCCAUCAGCUGUAAGUGAUUUGUAUAUGUGUGUAUAUAAGUGGUUCCUGGAUGACGUUGGGGGAUUGUUUGUGACUCGUGUUUCUGCCCUUAUAGGCUUGUGGAAUGUGGUAAAUAUAUUUGUUGAGUUUGUUAGCCUAUUUGGUCACUGUUAUAUUGUUACAUUUUGUAUGUAUGGCUUGUAUUUGUAUUGUAAUAAAUAUAUAUAGAUAGAUACUAUUGUAUCAUAUGGUGUGCAUUCCUUGCUUUGGAGUAUUUACUCUAUUGGUAUUGGAGGGAGUACCUUCUUGGAAUAGCACCCUAAAUUGAGGUGGUGGUUAUAUUAAGUGUCUCUCCACACGUUAUAUUUUAAAUGCUGACAUUAAAUCCACAUUUCUGGAUUUUCUCUUUCACCGGAUUUCUGAGCUGCUCACAGAGUGCCACAGUGGGGAACCAUCAGCAGGGUCUAGCAGCAGAAGGGUCGGGACAGGCCACUUCUGUUUCCGCAUACCAUACACCCCAGAAAAGGUGCUACCACCGGGGCAUAAGGAUGGAAACUAGCUUUUACUACUCUAAUUGCCCACUCUCAGCCCAGCCUUUGUAUUGGCAACUGUUUGAAAGUUUUUUUUUUUACACCCAGGGAGAAUAAGUUGCAAAUUGUGUGUGUGUGUGUGUAUAUAUUUUAAUAAAUUUUUUUUUAAAUUUAAUUGUUCUUCCAAAUUAAAGGUUGCUGACGACGUUCAGGGCAAAGGAUGCUGCUGCAGUUCUGACCUCUGACUAUGAUUAUUUUAUUUUUCUAAUUUUAUUUAGUUAAUUAGGCUGCGUGGUAAUUCAUGGGACAUUGGAGAGUUUAUUGUUACAUUAGGGGUGAAAAGAUUUAACCCCUUAAGGACUGGACUGUUUUUGCGAUGUUGUACAUUUGCAACCAGGCAUAUUUUUACACUUUUGUGGUGUUUGUGUUUGGCUGGAAUUUUCCGCUCUCUCAUUUACUGUUCCCAUACAAAUUAUAUAUUGUUUUUUUCAGGACAAAAGGGGCUUUCUUUACAUACCAUUAUUUAUAUAAUCUCAUGUAUUUUAAUUUAAAAAAAAUAAAAAAAUAUGAUGAAAAAUUGAAAAAAAUACAUGUUUUUUGACUUUUACUUGAAAAAUCUUUUACCCAUCUACAAUAGCGAAUUAAAAAAACUGCUAAAUAGAUUCAAAAUUUUGUCCUGAGUUUAAAAAUACCCCGUGUUUACUUGCUUUUUUGCUUUUUUUUUGCAUGUUAUAGGGCUAUAGGUACAAGUAGAAUAUUGCGGUUUCAAAACAUAAAUUUUUUAAAUUUAUCCAUAGUGACAUUGUAACACUAUUAUCUGUCAUAAAUCUCUGAAUAACACCCCACAUGUACAUAUUUUUUUUUAAAGUAGACAACCCAGGGUAUUCAAUAUGGGGUAUGUCCAGUCUUUUUUUUAGUAGCCACUUAGUCGAAAACACUGGCCAAAGUAAGCAUUCAUAUUUGUUUGUGUGUGAAAAAAGUAAAAAAACUAAAUUGAACGCUAAUUUUGGCCAGUGUUUGUGACCAAGUGGUUACUAAAAAAGACUGGACAUACCCCAUUUGCAAUACCUUGGGUUGUCUUCUUUUGCAAAUGGUAUGCCAUCAUGGGGGUAAUUCUCAUUCCUGGGCUACCAUACGCUCUCAAAGGCAACGUAACCAACCUGGCCAUUUUCAAUGUAAAAAUAUUUGACCCAUAUAUUUGACCUUGUAACUUUCAAAAAUGCUAUAAAACCUGUACAUGGGGGGUACUGUUUUACUCGGGAGACAUCGCUGAACACAAAUAUUAGUGUUUAAAAACUGGAAAACGUAUCACAACAAUAUCAUCAGUAAAAGUGCUGUUUGUGUGUGAAAAAUGCAAAAAAAGUCACUUUCACUGACAAUAUCAUCGCUGUGAUAUGUUUUACUGUUUUGAAUCACUAAUAUUUGUGUUCAGCGAAGUCUCCCGAGUAAAACAGUACCCCCCAUGUACAGGUUUUAGGGUGUCGUAGAACGUUACAGGUUAAAUACAGUGCUAGCAAAUUCAAUUCUCUGGAAUUUCGGCCUGGGUUGGCAGGCAGGUCCCUUAAAUAGCAAUCAAUAAAAUUACUGAAUUAUGUAAAACUAUUACAUAAAUACGCACGUAGAAUUUAAAUAUAUAUGCAUAUUUAUAUAUUUGAAGUCUACGUGUAUAUUUAUAUAAUUAUUUAUGUAAUUUUGUAUAUGGACAUAUGUAUAUUUCUUAUUAUUUUUAUUUAUUUUUAUAUACAUAGAUAUAUAUACAAAUUCAUUCUAAGUGUAUUUUGAUAUAAAUAUAUAUAUAUUAAUUUUAAAAUACAGUUAGAAUAAAAUUUCAUAUAGAUAUAAUUUUUUUUUAAUUUUUUUAUUAUUUUUAAAAAUGUUUUAUUUAAUUUAAAUUACUUAUUAUUUAUAUUUUAUAAUAAUAUAUAUAUACAAUAUAUAUAGUUAUUAUAUAUAUUAUAUAUAUACACGUGUGUAAUUUAAUUAUAAGUGUAUUUUUAUAUUAAUAUAAGUACAUAUUAAUAUAAAAAUACACUUAGUAUGGCAUUAUAUAUAUAUGAUAUAUAGACAUAUAUUAUAUAGAUAUAAUAUAUGUCUAUAUAUCAUAUAUACACAAAUAUAAUUUAUUUUUAUUUUUUAUUAACAUUAACUUUAUUUAUUUUUCUGAUUUUACACUAGCAGGGAGACUGCCUGUCAGCAUAGACAGUCCCCCUGCAGGCAGACACUAGGACACCUAUUGUGACCAUGUGAUCGCUGUGUUAAGCGAUCACAUGGCCACAGGGGUCCUAAUUCAGUGUGGGGAGACUGUCUGGGCUGCAGGCAGUCUCCCCACAACCGGAGCCACGCUGAUCGCCGCCGGGGGAACGACGGCAAUCAGGUAAGUAGCUCUGACCGUUAGGACGGUUCAGGACCGUCAUCUGUCCUCAAGGCAAAAAUGCCGAUGACGGUCCUGAACCGUCCUGGGUCGCUAAGGGGUUAAAAGAAUAAAAAAAUAGGAAAAAAAUAAUAAUUUAUAACAUUUAUUUAGUUAAAGUUCUGUAAGUUGUGUAAAAAGUUAAAAAUGCUUAGGAAGAAAAAAGGAUUUUGAAAUCUAUCAGCAGACUGAGUUGUCAGGCAGUGUCUCAGAGUUUGAUGCAGGUUAAUACAGUGAUUAAUAUCUUCUUUAAGAAAUGGUAGGCCUUUGUAGGGUAGUUUAUUAACAACCUGCUAAAAUUCUCUAUAUUGGACAUGGACCCAGCGUCAAAAUUCAAAGUUUGAAAAAAAACUGAUGUGGCUUAGUCUCCAAUGUACCCCUUCAACAUCUACAUAUCCCCGUAAAAGGUACACAUGGGGGUAUUGUUGUACUAAGAUGACAUAGCUGAGCAACAUAUUAGGUGUUAUACUGCCGUAGCACACAUAAGAAUUGCAAAAUAUACAGGAACAUCUCCAAGUGUGUGUCAAAAGGCAGAAAAAAUGCUAAUUGCUACUAGACUUGGUACAAACUAGCAAAACAAUGAUCCUACGCUAAGGUUUAAAAUAUGCUAUUUGAAAUAGCCUGGAUUGUCUUCUUUGAGAAAUGGUAGGCCUUUGUGGGGUAGUUUGAAUUAUUAACCUGCUAAGAUGCUCUAAAAUUGCACAUGGACCCAGCAUCAAAAUUAUAAGUUUAAAAAAUAAAAAAUAAAUGAUAUGGCUUGGUCUCCAAUGUGCCCCUUCAACAUUCACAUAUCCCUGAAAAAAGGUACACAUGGGGGUAUUGUUGUACUAAGACAACAUAUCUGAGCAGCAUAUUAGGUGUUAUACUGCCUUAGCACACAUAAGGAUUGCAAAAUAUACAGUAACAUCUCCAAGUGUGUGUCAAAAAGGCAGAAAAAAAUGCCUAUUGCUACUAGACUUGGUACAAACUAGCAAAUAAAAUGAUCCUAUGCUAAGGUUUAAAAUAUGCCUUUUGAAAUACCCCUGGGUGUCUACUUUUACAAAUGGUAGGCCUUUGUGGGUUUUUUUGUUUUUUUUUAUAACAAACUGCUACAAUGCCCCAAAUUGAAACAUAGGCCCCUCAAAUCAGUCUCUCAAAAUUCUACUGUAAAUACUGAAAUGGCCAGGUUUCCUAUAUGGCACUGUAGCUUCACAAAAUAGUGCCAAAGACAUACAAUGGGGGUGUUGUACUCAGCAGAUGUAGCUGAACACAAAAUGUUGUUUUGUACAGGAAUAGCACACACCAACUUUACGAAAUACACAUGAGAAGAUCUUUGUUAUAAGUUUGUGUGUCAAAAAAAGAAACACAAUUUUACUCCAAUAUCUAGCAGAGCUUGUCAGUGAAAUGGCUACGUAAAAAGUGUCAAAAUAACCUUCGGUAAUUAGCCUGUAAUGUCUACUUUAUAUAAAUAUAUACUUUUGUGCUGCAAUUUUGUUUUCUUUUAUGGCUAUUAAGCUUACAAGACAAACAUACCAAAUUCUAAAAUCGCUCCACAUUAAAAGUUUAUUUUACUCCUUGUGCUUUGUGACCUGUAACUACCAAAAAAAACUUAAAAUCCCAGACACAUUAUAUAUUCUGUAAAUCAGAACUAAAUUGAUUUAUUUUUAAUUACUUAACCUGCACUAAUUAUGCACACAUUCUUAUUAUUGCUUGUAUUUUUUUUAUAAUAAAUAAGCAUUUAUAUAUGUAUAUGUUACAUCAAAUUAAAGCCCUUUUUGUCCUUUAAAAAACUGUAUAUACACAAGCAGCCUCCACUGGGACCCUCUGCUUUAGUGUUCUUGUCAUACCUAGCCCAGCUAUAGGGGUUUACAUAGCACCAAAAAUUUCAAUUCGGGUCGACUAUGCCUAUGUGAUGUAAUCUCAUGUUAUCAAUAUACUUUGGUCUGCUACUUACUUUGUCUUCACGUUCUAUACUGUUGUCAUACUACUGACCCACAAAAAUAAAGAAUAUUAUUGUAUGCAUGCCAACUGCUCACAUCUGUACCACAGUCACACUGAGAUGCCUAUGAAUGGAAAGCAAAGUGGGCGAGUGUUCAUGGCUCGCCCAUAGAAGCUUCUCAAUAAGAAGCCCUUGAGUGGUCAAUUCACUAGCAUAGACUAAAGGUCUGUGCCAGGAAAAGGGAGAGGACUUGCAACAUCUGCAGAUUUUUAAGGUUACUUUUUUUUCAUACACUCUCUAAGAAUACAUGCAAGAAAUGUUUCCUUUGGGGGUUAUGUACUAAAUAGUGAAAACAAGGAAGCAUUGAGGGGACAAUCAAAGACUGCAGGAUCGCACCAGGAAGACCCUCUAUUGACUGAGUGACAACCACAAGAUGUGAGGUUAGGAUGCAAUGUACAAACGGAGUUUUCUCAGAAAAGGCAGUGUUUACAUUGCUGAAACUACAGAAACUCUCUCAUUACACCAGAACCUCUACAGUAAGCUGUCAUCGUUCCAAAGCUUAGCGUGUUUUAUAAUUAAGGGGGGGGGGGGAGCUGUUCAAAGUGGUUUGGCGGCUCUUGACAUGGAAUUUCACAAAGUACUGUUGUCUAGUUUGAAAAAGGCCCAUGCCAUAUUGCUGCAAUAUUUGGAUAUAGCAUGUAUUACCGAUGCCUGCAGUAUGUAAUAAAUGCUUAUUUCUAACUAAUUCAUGGGUAAUUCUAUAAUGAUGUUUGUAGCUUUGUAGAAAUGUUAUUUUUCAUUCUACUAUGAAAUUGGAGAGUAUGAUGUAUAAUGCGUACGUCAUUGGUACAAUUCUGUAACUUUAUCCUUGGAAUCUUUUUCUGAAAUAAGAAACCUCUUAGUGUUCCGUUGGUGAUGCUUAUGCAGAGCACUGAGACUCUGUUCUUCAGCGCGUUUACAACACAGCAGAUAAUGAUUCUUGAACAUUUGUCCCUUGCUUGUGGUACUUUUGGUUCUUUGAGUCUGUUACAAUUUCCCUGAACUUUAUUGGCAGUUUUAAUACUUGUUAUGCUUGCUAAUGUGUUCAAAAAUGUGAAAUAGCAAAGAACAGGCUUUAUAUUUGUUUUUGUUUAUGAAGCAUGAACGCCAGUAGUUUUUAAAUGAUGCAUUUUCAUUUCAAACGAAGACGGAACACACUAUUUUUCAUGAUUAGAUGUGUAUUUUGGUUCCAGGUUUUAUGGUUGGCAGAGAAUAUGAAGCUGGAGGAAUAGCAAAAGAUGGAGCUAAGAUGGUAACAGCCGUUGCUUGUGCCAAUGUACCAAAAAUAACAGUAGUUAUCGGAGGGUCGUACGGGGCAGGAAAUUAUGGAAUGUGUGGCAAAGCGUAUAGGUAAGUGUUUAUAUUCUUUAUAGAAAAAUAGAAUGGUUUUUACAGGUUGAUCACAUUUGUUUUAAUGGAUUUUAUGACUGUUAUGCUUUUUCUUGAUUAGAGUUCAAUUAAAAGGUUUUAAAAAUAAUUUCUAAGUUUGUUGGGAGUAAUACAGUCUGCAGUGGUGCAGUGACGAUUAUCCACCACUUCAGCUGCUUCAUACGGCAUGAUAGGAGUUAGUCAGCAGACAGAGUUAGACUCUGAGACCAAGCUACGCUAGCCGACAUCAACCAUUUAAUAAUAAAUACUCCUGCUAAAAAUAAACCCAUUUGUAUUGUGUUUUAAUAAAAAUAAAAAUUGCGUACCAUUUUGGUCAUAUGCAAGUUAAAAAGUACAAAAGUACAAAAGUAGAUAUGACCUAUUUAAGUGCAUUGUAUGGAUAAAGCAUAUAAAAUACACAAAAUAAUAACAAAGUAUUUAUUUCAAAACAAAUAAUAACUCACAUUUGUAGUCCCUGCAUCUAUUGCAAACCCCAUGGUUUGCUGUUUCUGCCGUAAGCUUAUAAUAAACCAUCAACUUUCUAUGAUGCUCCCAAUAUUUCCAGGAAGAGCAACUGCAGCCUGCAGUUUCUUUUUAAUAUUGGUGAGAGCUGGGUUUUUUUGUUGUUGUUUUUUUCCCCCCAAUAAUCUUUCCAAUAUUUCUUUGCAUGUUUUGUCAUGCAGCCCACGGUUCCUUUAUAUGUGGCCAAAUGCUCGAAUCUCAGUGAUGGGUGGUGAACAAGCUGCUACAGUGCUGGCUACAAUUGCCAAGGAUCGAAAAGCAAGAGAAGGGAAGACGGUAAAUAAAAAUUAGCUUUUCAUCUUUUAAGAACUGAAAAAAUUACACUGACCAUGUAAAUGCAGCUACAAUAGUAUUUGUAAGUUUUCUUACUUUUCUCAGCAUCUUCAAUAUAACUUAUCUAGAUAUUUCAUUAAAAGGUAUGCUUAAACCCAACUUGGAAUAUCUCUUUGUCCAUGUUGUUAUUUUUGUGUUUUCUGAAGUCACCCACACCCUUCCCAUCAACUAUGCAUACUAAAAUCGGGUCUCUUGAUACCUCAAAUAAUUUUGUAUGUACUGCUGAAAUCCCAUCUCCAAUCCUUCAGAAAGUCUGAUUAGCAAUGGGGGUUCAAACAAGGUGCCCAUGGAGGUCCCCAAUUUACGGAGGAAACCCAAGCAAAAUACUAGUGAAACAAAUGUUUAUGGAGAGAAUGAAAGUCAAGUCAGGGGAUGAUGCCAAAUAUAGUUCCAAAAUAGAUAGCAAUAUUUGAAUUACAUGCAAUAAAUUCAGUUAAGUCUUCAUUUGUAUGAAAAGUAUGCAUAUUAUUGUUAUGUGGUUAUUCCAAGCAUCACAGCCACUACAGUCUGCUGUAGUGGUUAUGAUGCCAGGAGUAUUCAAGCCCCAUUUCUCAAUAUUAAAGAAAACCGUUUUCCAACAGUUUGCCCUCUUACCUGAGACUCUGCUGGGCACCAAGGUCCUCUAUGACCAGCGAGAUGCAUAUGGCUUCUACACACCCACAGAAACUAGAUGCUGAACCUGCAAGCUAUUCAUUGGCUGAGAGCAUCAGCUGACUGCUCUCAGCCAAUUAAUUCAACUCUGUGCCUAAAAAUAUUAGCAGAAUUGUUCCAAGCUAGCUAAUAAUGCCCAAAUGAUGUUGGUGGAGGUGGAGUUACAAAUUUAGCAGCAAAGGGGUAAAUUCAGGAUGUGCAGCGUUCCAUAACGAAAGGCACACAUACAGAUUCCAGGCACCAUGACCACUUCAAAUCCCUUAAGUGGUCACAGAACUUGAAGUAAUUAUUUAAUAUCUUAUUCAGAUAAUUAAACUUUUUGUUUGAGUUUUGUUAGAACCAUUUGUAAACCUUACAUGGAUUAUGAGUGAUGUUAACCCGAUCUUACUAACAAAUUACUUUCGUCAUUGAAUGCUUAAAGUUUGCUUGUUAAAAAGAAAACAAAAUACUUAAAGAAUGUAUUUGUUGUACUGCCAUAGUUUUCUUGUGACAAACAAUUCAUAUUCCAAGCUGUCAUCACUGAGUUUGGACAUAUGUGGCCUGACUCAAUGUCAGAUUUUUAUGCGCACUUACUUUGAUCUAGGGCCGUGAUUCAUCCAUACUGGAGUUGUUGUGUUUUUUUUUUGGUUUUUUUUUUUAAAGCUCAAGGAUGAUUGCAUUAUAUUAUGAAAGGACAGAUCUCAUUAAUAGUACUGUAUUAGCAUCUAUGUCGAUAGCUGGAAUUAAUAGUCUAGUUUUGCACCAGCUGCUUCCUGGAUAUUUGCUUGUUUAACUAUUUAAGUCUUUCAGUACAUUCCUUUAUAUUAUAUAUAUACAAAGGUAUUGGGACACCUGACCAUUAUACCAACAGGGACUUCUAACCUUGCAUUCUAUACACAGUCAUUAAUAUGUACUUGAGUCCCCCGUUCUAUAAUAGCUUCCACUCGUUUGCAAAGCCGUUCCACAAGAUUUUGCGGUGUUUCUUUGUGAAUUUUUGCCGUUCCAUCCAGCAGAGCAUUUGUGAGGCCAGGCAGUGAUGUUGGACGAGAAGGCCUGGCUCUCAGUCUCUCUUCCAGUUCAUCCCAAAGUUGUUUGGGGUUGAGGUCAGGGCUGAGUGCAGGCCAGUCAAGUUCUUCCACACCAAACUCGUUCAAUUAUGUCUUUAUAGACCUUUCUUUGUGCACUGGGUCACAGUCAUGCUGAAAUAGAAAAUUGCCUUCCCCAAACUGUUCCCACAUGUUGGAAGCAUAGCAUUGUCCAAAAUGUCUUAAGCAUUAAGAGUUCCAUGCACUGGAAGUAUGGUGCCUAGCCGAACACCUGAAAAACAGCCCCGAACCAUUAUCCCUCUUCCACUGAACUUAGUAGCCUCAAUACAGUCAGGCAGGUUACGUUCUCCAGCAUCCACCAAACUCAGACUCACUCAUCAGAAUGAUGUUGAUAAAGCGUUGGGGUGAAUGCAAAACACUUCCAGAACCCUUCUAGGUGAUGUACCUAGCCUUCAACACCUUCCCAUGCAGGGAUCUGGGAUAUAUCUAUAUACAGUUGUAAUCAUGAUUCAGCCCCAUUGAAAAUCAGGUUUUUUGUUAAAUGACGGUGUCACGUGCGUGGGCUAUAGGCCCAGCCGAGACAGUGGGGAGAGUGUGGAAGUGACAGGGUUAAUGACACCAGACCCCUGGUUACCUGUUGCUAGUCCCAGCAACCACUCAAUUAACCCCUGCAAUCCCUUCUACACUAACUCCCUUAGUACACUUUACUGCCACCACCAAGACUUUUAAACCCGGGCGUCUUAGGUUACCCCACACACAGGAGAAUUAUAGUAUCACCGUUCUACUUUUACUGAUAAAACAUAUAUAGUAAACCCUUUUUGGUAACGUGUUUACCUGAGCUUUCCUCUGGAGAGUGAAGCUCAUAGAGAACAGAGACACAAGCUGAUUAAGUAAACAUUUAAUCUGACAAAAAGGAUUCACAGUGCUGAGUACAAAAUACAGAAAUAAAUGACAUACAGAUAACAAAUUGCAAAACAGUACAUAAAAUAAAAUAGGAGAAAACACAAGAAAUUCCUUACAUAUAUUUACCCCAUAUAGAAUUCUUGUGGGAGUCUUAGAUGGUAUAGGUCUCCUAGAAGUUACUGACAAAAGAAAAAUGAAUAACUGACUUCCCUGGAUAGUCCAACACCCUCAUAUAUCUAAACUAGUUGUUUCUCAGUGGGCAGACCCCUGGGGGGGAUCAGAGGGGGCUGGUCUGGCAGUCUAUUGCCCACUCUAUGAAAUUCCUUGUGUCCAACUCUGGUGAUGGCUAUCUAGAUGUUUUAUGGUCUAGGCCUGGUGCAAGAUCAAAGACCAUAAUAAAUGUCAUCCCAAGGUUUACAAAAAACAACUCUUAACAUAUAUAAACACACAUCAAACACCAACUCAUGCUUUUGGCAUGACAGACGGACUUUCAGCUGUCUAAUGAACAAAUCAAAGAAAUGCAACUGAAAUAAUAGAAGUAUUAAGCCUGAGUACAGGGACUUCUAGAUAUUAUAAAUAUAUAUAAUCUCAAAACCAAUUCCUGCACUCCAACCUAAAUCUAAUGGUACCUGGUGCUCUGGUUGCAAUAAUGACAUAUCCAAAGACAUACCGGCACUCAAGGCUUUUCGAUAUAUAUAUAUUUAUUUAUUUGCCUAAUUGGGAAUUUGGACCAUACAAUUAAUAUCUCCGCAACCAAACUUAACAGUUGGCACAAUGCAGUCAGAUAGGUAACGUUCUUCUGGCAUCCACCAAAUCCAGACUCUCCCUCCGACUGCCAAACAGACAAUGUGAUUUGCUUCUUCACCGAAGGCACUUCAACUGAUCCAGAGUCCAGUGGUGGUAUGCUUCACACCACUCGAUCUGACGUUUGGCAUUGUACUUGGUGAUGUGAGGAUUGCAUGCAGAUGCUCUGCCAUUAAAAUCCAUUCCAUGAAUCUUCUGCUGCACAUACCAGUGGAGCAGGAGCUUCAUGGAAUGAGUUUCCAUGGCAGAGGAGACUUGGCGACUUCUACGCCUCAUGUGCCUCCGCAUUCGAUGGCCCUGCCCUGUAACUUUGUGGUCUUCCGCUUCGUGGAUGAAUUGCAGCAGUUCCUAAACUAUUUCACUUUCCAAUAAUACCACUUACAGCUGACCAUGGAAUAUCUAGCAGGGAUGAAUUUCCAUGAACGAACUUAUUGCAAAGGUGACAUCCUAUCACAGUAGCAUCUAGAAUUCACUGAGCUCUUCAGAAUGACCCAAGAAGUAUGUCCCAACACUUUUGUCCAUAUAGUGUAUCUAGAUAUGAUGCCAGGAAGGAUGUAUUCACCUAAUCAUGCAUAUGCAAUAAGGGUGUUGCAGCAAUGCCUAAAAUACUGACCGUGAAAGCCAAUAAACACGCAAUAUUGGCAGCAAUAUUAAAAGAAACCUUGAUUAAUAACUCUAUAAUCUGUGUUAGAUGGCGUGCCUAAUUUCAUAUUUGUGUAUUUUAAAACCCUUUUAAACUGACAUUUGCUUUUUUGUGUUCCUUUUGAAAUUAUUUUAUCUCAGUUUUCUGAAAUGGAAGAAGCUGCUUUGAAGGAGCCCAUUAUAAAGCGGUUUGAAGAGGAGGGAAACCCAUACUAUGCAAGCGCAAGGUGGGGACAUCGCAUUAGACUUUUAACAAUGAGAAUUUUAUAGACUUCUGUAAAAUACUACUUUAAUGCUGUAAACAACAAACUUUAUCUUAGUAAAUGUUUAAAAUUCUGUUAAACCUAAAAUGUUACAGAGCUCUGUUUGUUUCUUUGUCAAUUUGUUCACUCUACCAUCUUCUAAAAUAAUCUUACUGAUAAAACAGGAUUCGGAAUUUCCAGUUCUACAAUAGCUUACUAAAAGUUACUUCUCAUUGCCAGCCUGGAAGGGUCCAUGGUGUACUCACUAGGGGUGAAUUUUCAUUCGCAAAUGGCGUACAAUAAUUGUAUCCCAAGACAAAGAAUUGUUUAAAACAUUUUCACAGAUUCCAUGGAAGCGAUAUGUGGUUUUUCUUCUGAAACAAGUUGAAAUGUGUUGGUAACAGACCAGGGUGAUUCGCAAUUUUACAGUCUAUUGUAAAUCACGCCAGAUAUGUUUUGAACCUUAAAUAGGAAGCAGCUUAUCUAGAGAAAGUGAACAGUCGAUUAAAGUCUGAGAAUUUGCUGCAAAAGAAAUCUUAGUUCAUCAAUUAGUUCAAAGUGUGUAUUAUUGAAUGCUCUAUUAAAUUGGUCUUUUGUGAUCUAAAAUAAUCAGACACACAUGAUUAUUCAUUAAAGUAUGAGUGUCCGUGAAUUCACAGUAAGCUUCAAAUGUUUGGUUAAAAUAGUGAACUGAAAACGUAGCUGUCUUAGAGAAUUGCUGGCCUCUGUUGGCUUAUUACCAUAGUUUUAUUCAUGUUUUGUGUCAUAAAUGCUGCUACUGGGUGCUAUGCUUGUUUGCUGUAAAUCCCAACAAUUUUGGCCCUUCCACUGAUAUCGAAGGAAUCCCAAACGGAUUCCUUAAAUUGCUCCUAGAAAAGAAACGUUUAUCAUCUUGCAGUAAUUUAAAUCCUAUAUGUAGAUAGAUGUUUGUUUUUCCAAAUACACCGGCUUCUCUACAGGAAGAUAAAGUAGAUCCUGUACGUGUUAAUUAGUACUUUGUUUAGGUUCUCCUUAUCCGCACAAACACGUGGUUUCUUUAAGAAUUUUAGUUUGCAGAGCUUUCAGACACAAAGCAAUUAGGUGGUUCCUUCUCUUCUGAGUUAAUUUGGGUGAUUUUUUUUUAAUUUAUUUUGAUUAUAUGUAAAGUUUUAGCUACUUUUUAAAUUUUUGUAUGUUGACUGGCAUUGUUGCUGCUUACCUGUGAUACAUAGGCGUUUCAAGUGCAGCACAUGUUUGCAGCAUAACUGCAGACCUUUUAAUUAUAAAUCCGGUUCCUGAAUGACAUUCAUGGAACCAUUUGUAUUUAUGGGCGUCAUGCUGAGUCUUCUAUUCGUGUUUAUCAAACUGCCUGUGGGUUGUUUUUUUUUGUUUUUUGCCAGAGGGAGUUGAUCAAUUUAUGUAAAUUGCAUCCACAUAUUCCUUUGCUCUAAAUUCCCAUUUCGUAAAUUGCAGUACAUUGCUUGCGACCUGCCAAAGUAUUAAAUAUUCAGAAGGUUUUCCCAGCAGACACAACACUGUUAUAGCAAAGGAUAUUGAUGCUUUGGAAGUAUGUAGUCUUCUAAGAAGCUGAUCUUCGAGAAUUAUAAAUUGUAAUAUUACUGAUAGCGCACAGAACCUUGUGAUAAGCAGCAGAUCCAUUUCCAUCUAUUGUGGACUACAGCUCCCAUGACUUUUACUCAGGUGUGAGUUGAGGAUCCAUGAUACCAGGCAGUUAGAUGUUAAAGACUCCUAAAAAUCAGUGAUUACAGUAUAUUGAAACCCAUGUUCUUUCAGUCAGAUUUUUUUUAUAAAGAUAAUUUGAAUUCUGUAAAUGCAGUACAGAUAGGUAUAAAACUGCACUUUCUAUGAAUGAGGGAAACACUGCCAGGGCAAAGUAUGAUAAAACAGUCCUGUUACGCUGCAUGAUGUAGAUUGAGGGUGUUAGGGAUUUUUCUCUCCAAGGUUUUACUAUCAACAAUUCAUAUUUAUUUUGAUAUGUUUUGUCCCUCACAUUAUUCCAUCUGCCAGGAUUUUCUUUCCCAUCCUUUUUACGUGUAAUACUUUGCAGUAAGUACAUAAGGGGAGAUUUAUCAAAGUGCUCUGUUCUAAAAAGUGGUGCAAAGGGGAGGAGUCACCAAUGGAAUGUGCCUGUUGGGCCACUAGUUUUUAUGGUGAUUGACCCAAUUUUUUUUUAACUUUAGACCGCGUUUUGUAAAGAACAAUAAAAAAAAGAAAUAAACAACAUGUUUACAAACUGAAUGCAGUAUAUUAUGUUGAAGACUUUUGCAUAAUUAGAUUGCCUUUGGGAUGAAAAGCUAGUUACCUGUCUCUUUUUUUAGGUUAUAAUUUAACUAGUCCUUGCUUUUAAUUACUGUACUAUUUAAAAUGUUAUUAUUCUCUUUGUGGCUUUUUCAGGUUGUGGGAUGACGGAAUCAUAGAUCCAGCUGAUACCAGACUUGUUGUAGCUUUAAGCCUCAGCGCAGCAUUAAAUGCACCAACGGAGAAAACGCAGUUUGGCGUUUUCAGAAUGUGAUCCACUCCUGUGAACGACCAAUUAUUCACACUACAGACAACAUUCUGUAAAAUAAAACUUUUUACAACAUUCUCAA